AUGAAAAAUGUUCAGAAUGCAUUGCGUGGGCGUUGGUCUCUAUUCUUCAUGUCAAAACAGAAAUCCGACGUCAAAGUUCUCAAAGGCCAAGAAGCCGAAGACAAGGUCCUGGAAUAUGUCAAACGCAUGAAUCGACCGUAUGGUGCUGUGGACGUUGCCGCAAACCUCAAAGGGGCCGUUCCGAAGGCCGCUACGCAGAAGAUUCUAGUAAGUCUGGCAGAAAAGGGUGCGCUAGUGCAGAAGACAUAUGGAAAAACUACGUUCUUCGUAGCGAAUCAAGCCAAGCUUGAGACGGUGCCAGCAGAGAAAAUCGCUCUUUUUGAAGAAGAGCAUAAGCGCAUCGAUGAUGAGAAUAAGCUACUGUUAUCUGAAAUCAAAUCUGCAAGUAACGAGCUAUCAAAGAUCAAAAGCAUGCCCUCUGACGCAGAACUGAACACUCAGAUUGCUGAGCUCAUGCAAGUGAUAGCGAAGAAGCAGGCUACACUUCAACCUUUACGAUCCGGUAGCCCCCUAGUGUCCGCCGAAGACCUUGCUCUAGUAGACGCAGAGUGGAUCAAAUGGCGAACGGAAUGGGCGCGCCGACGCAAAAUUUUCACCAACUUCUGGCAACUUACGACAGACGUACUUGCGCCCCAAGAUGCAACGGAACUCUCGGAAGAGCUCGGUAUUGAACUGGACGCGCCUGAACACGCGGCGCUGGAACGCAGCAUGCUAUGCAAGAAUGUGAACAUUAAGAAUCCGUUGAAGAGGAAACGAUAGUGUUGCGCAAUUGUCUCUGGUCUGGUUCGCUCUGCUUUGGUUGUAUCUGGAACUUGUGCUUGGAACCGUGCUGCGGUUGUACUCAGUAUUGUAU